UGUCCGCCACCUGGGAUCGAAAGGCAUGUACCAGUACUUUUUCUCGACCUUAACUCAGACGACAUGACGGAGGAAAUACCAUCGGAUGAUGGCAGUGUGCGAAUGGCUGGAUUGCAGGCUUUCUUACCAAAGGAACAUUAUGGACGUAUUGUUAUGCUGCCAAUUUUGGAACACGGUACCACUGAUACAUCAGCGACUUGUUCCUGGGAUAGUUCCAUUCAUGAGCAUCCGGCGCUCAACAAGCCAACUGACGGUUCCGAUCAUGUAUACGCUAUUGUAAAGGUAUUUUAA